AAUUUACGUGCGCGCCGAAAGAACCCCUAUUUCCUUGAUGUGGAACGCUCCGAGCCUCUGCACCCAGCAACCGGGAGACGAGCGCAGUUUGCAGACAGACCCGAGCAAGUGGAUUGCCAGCGAAGCGAUCGACGGCGGAUAUUUUUGAGGAAACUGUACAGUUCAACUUCACACAAAUGGAUAUUUACGUGGCUUUGUUAUCCGUAGUGCUCAUUGCGAAACCAGUUAUCGGCUUUGGAAUAGAUCCCGAUUACCAGAUAGAUAUCAUCAAUGAACUUGACUUCGCAAAUGCAAUUUAUGGAAUUACCCAAGUGGCAGGGCUUCACAACAAUAGCAAAGCCUUCUUAUUUCGAGAUGUGGGGAGAGCAGUCCARGCGCCCGCCCACAUCACAGAGAAGGUGGUGGAGCUCUUCAGGAGUAAAAGUGAAUUUACCUUCCUGGCCUCCAUCCAGCAGAAGUCCUCCACGUCAGGAGUCAUCUUCUCCAUCCAUGAAUCUGAACACAGUUACUUUGAGCUGGAGAGCAGUGGGCUGAGGGAGGAGAUCCGCUACCACUACCGCUACAAGGGCAAGCCUCGCUCAGAGUCCUUCCCCUACCGACUAGCCGAUGGCCAGUGGCACAAGAUAGCCCUCUCCAUCAGCGCUACACACCUAUUGCUGCAUGUCGACUGCAACAGGAUUUAUGAGCGAGUGAUAGACCCACCUCAGAUGGAUCUGACCCUGGGCAGUGGAGUGUGGCUGGGUCAGCAUAGCCACACAGGCCUCUUCAAGGGUACCAUUCAGGAUGUCAAAUUAAUUUUUGCUCCAAACGGCUACAUCACACAAUGUCCCAACCUCAAUCGCACCUGUCCGACAUGCAGUGAUUUCCUGAGCCUGGUGCAAGGCAUCAUGGACCUUCAGGAGCUGCUGGCCAAGAUGACCCUAAAGCUGAACUACGCAGAGUCCAGGCUGACCCAGCUGGAGGCCUGCCGCUGUGAGAGGACGUGCAGUGCCAACGGUGUGGUCUACAGAGACAAGGAGCUAUGUGGAGCCAGAGAACUGCGGAACUGCGGCUGCAUGAACGGAGUAGUGGAGUGUCGCAGGAUAUUCUGUCUCCCCGCCAACUGCUCAGAGGACUCUCUCUCCGUGCAUGUGGAGGGCACCUGCUGCAAGAAAUGCCGACCAAAAUGCACCUACAUGGCCCAGACUUUGUCAGAGGGCCAGCGUGUGCUAACGAAGAGGUGCACAGAAUGCAAGAACGGGAUGAUGGUGAGAGUGACAGAGAACUGUCCAGAGCUCAACUGCACCCUCAAGGAACAGAUCCUACCUGACAACAGGUGCUGUAACAUCUGCAAAGGCUACGACUUCUGCUCAGAGGGACUCAUUUGUGGGGAYAAUUCGGAGUGUAAAAACCGGAAUACCAGAGCGGAGUGUGAGUGCAAGAGCGGCUUUGCCUCCAUCCAUGGGGACUCCACAUACUGUGAAGAUAUCGAUGAGUGUGCCACCCAGAUGCACUACUGCCAGGCUAACACGGCGUGUGUGAACCUACCCGGCAGCCAUCGCUGUGACUGUCUACCUGGCUUCAUCAGAGUGGAUGACUAUUCCUGCACAGAACAUGACGAGUGUGCCAGUGGGCAGAGCUCCUGUGAUGACAAUGCCAUAUGCACCAACACCAUCAGAGGCCACCUGUGCUCCUGUAAGCCUGGCUACGUGGGGAACGGCUCCAUCUGUACAGCAUUCUGUGAGGAGGGGUGUAGGAGCGGAGGUACCUGUGUGUCACCCAACACCUGCGUCUGCCCCUCAGGCUUUACGGGACUCCACUGUGAGACAGACAUUGACGAGUGUGCGGAGGUCCUGAUCCAGUGCCACAUUCACUCCCGCUGUGUCAAUCUGCCGGGCUGGUACCACUGUGAGUGCAGGAACGGUUUCCAUGACAAUGGCUCCUACCUGAUCGACGGGAGUUCCUGCAUCGCUCAGUUGGAUGGACGCACCUUCUGCAGGAGGAGAGAGUGUCAUUGUGCGGACCCCGAGGCAGACCUGUUCUGCUGUCCUGAGUGUGACUCCAGAAAGUCCAGCCAAUGUCUGCACCAGAGUGGACACAUACUGUACCGCAGCAGAGACUCCUGGAUCUACAGCUGCCAGCAGUGCCACUGCCUGGAGGGAAAGGUGGACUGCUGGCCCCUGGCGUGUCCAGUGUUGGCGUGCAAAUACUCUGCCUUGGUGGAGGGCGAAUGUUGCCCGCACUGCGUCACUGACCCCUGCCUGGCAGACAAUAUUGCCAACGACAUCAGGCAGACCUGCCAGGACCCCGCGGGCAUCACCCGCCUCAGCAGUGCCACGUGGCCCAUGCCAGGGUCACCCUGCACCACCUGCAAGUGCAAGAAUGGAAGUGUGUGUUGCUCAGUGGAGCUGGACUGCCUUCAGAACAACUAAGCACUCCUCUUUCGGAUGCCUACUCCUCUCCUCCACUCCAAUCGCUCCAUUCCGCCGAUCCUAGACUGGUCAUACUGUUUGAAGAUCCUACCUUUGGACCUUUUACCACACAUGCACACAAACACGCACAUACGUACGCACACACACACACACUCUGCCUGUGUUAGGGAAGUGGCUAGAGCUGUGCGUUCACACUGGAUCUUAAAGUCACAAUGUUUUAAUGACAGACGGAGAGAUGGAGUUUGUGUCUGUUAAACUACAGGACGAGACCAACCUACAUAUAACCGUUUCCCCCCUACUGGCACCCUUAUACGUGUAUUACAGGGUGUGUGUCCUGUAUGUUUGUGUGUGUGUGAGUGUGUGUAUACCAGAGAUUCCCAAACUUUUUUG